AUGUUGAAAGUCCGUAGUGGAAUUGCCGUAGCUCACAAGCAAGUGGCGGCCGUCUCUCUCAGUGGACAGCAGCGCCGGAAGACCACAGCUGCUGCAGCUCUGACCAGAGACGAUGCAGAGUGGCAGCAGGCGCGUCCCUUCAAGCAGGUGCCUCGGGCCAAUUUGAUGUCUCUGAUUCCCAAAAUGUUCAUGCCAGGGGGAAAAUAUAAGAACAAGGACCUUGCGGAGUUGAUAAUGGCCAUGCGCGAGGACUAUGGCAGCAUUCACGUUGUGCCAGGCAUUAUGGGAGGACCUCCCAUGUUGAGUACACACAAUCCCAAAGACUUCGAGGUAGUAUUCCGGAACGAGGGCACGUGGCCAAAUCGGCCUGGCGCCGACGCUCUUUUGUACCAUCGGCAGACGCACAGAAAGGAUUACUUUCAGGGCGUCGAGGGCGUCGCACCCACCCAAGGAAAGGCGUGGGGCGACUUUCGAACGGCUGUAAAUCCAGUCCUCAUGCAGCCCAAGAACGCGAGGCUUUACUAUAAGAAAAUGUCCCAGGUCAAUCAGGAAUUUGUGCAGCGCAUUAAAUCCACCCGGGAUGCCAGCACUCUAGAGGUUCCUCAUAACUUCAUAGACACCAUCAAUCGCUGGACCCUGGAGUCAGUCUCCGUCGUGGCAUUGGACAGGCAGUUGGGACUGCUCAAGGAGUCGGACAAAAGGAUCGAAGCCACAAAGCUUUUCCACCUCUUGGAAGAUUUCUUUAAAGUAUCUGCUGAUCUGGAGCUGAAGCCCUCCGCCUGGCGCGUGUUCAAAACACCCAAACUGAUGAAAAUGAUGAAUAUUCUCGACACCAUUCUGUACAUAAUAUCGGCAUAUAUUGAUGAGGCGGUAGAGCGAUUGGAGAAGGAAGCCAAAGAGGGUGUGGUCCGUCCUGAGAACGAGCAGAGUGUACUGGAAAAGCUGCUCAAGGUCGACAAGAAGGUGGCCACGGUUAUGGCCAUGGACAUGCUAAUGGCCGGAGUGGAUACCACCUCUAGCACAUUUACAGGGGUCAUGCUCUGCCUUGCCAAGAAUCCCGAAAAGCAGGCCUUACUCCGAGAGGAGGUGAUGAAGGUACUACCCCACAAGGACUCGGAUUUCACGGAGGAAUCCAUGAAGAACGUUCCCUACCUGCGUGCCAGCAUCAAAGAGUCGCAUCGGAUGUACCCGCUGGUCGUUAUGAAUGCCCGAGUUCUCAAUCGGGACAGCGUUUUGAGCGGAUACCAAGUGCCAGCUGGUACCUGUGUGUCGAUGGUUCCCUUGAGCUUGCUAUCAAGCGAGGAGCACUUCCCCAAGGCUGCUGAGUUCCUGCCAGAACGUUGGAUACGUAACGCCACAGACUCCACCGGGCAAUGCCCAGCGAAUGACUUGAAGCUGAAGAAUCCAUUCGUGUUCUUGCCCUUCGGAUUUGGACCCCGGAUGUGCGUGGGAAAGCGCAUCGUGGAUAUGGAGCUGGAGCUGGGCAUCGCUCGACUCAUUCGGAACUUCAACAUCGAGUUCAAUCACUCCACGGAAAAGGCCUUCCGCAGUGAACUGAUCAGCUUUCCCAACAUACCCCUCAAGUUCAAGUUCACGGAUUUGGCCAACUGAGGCGUUCAAAUAUUAAAUAUUAGACGGGUGUCUUCAUCGUACCGAAUGUGUUCGAUAUACAUACAUACUCAUAUUCACGUUCUAUUUUCCUAUCUUCUAUAUACAAUAAAAUACAUUUGAUGCACAUA